CGUCAACCACUGCGCCACGACGGGAACUCCUAGUUGUAAGUUUUUACCUUUAAACAACAUCUGCCCUAUCCCCACCUCCCCCCAGCCGACAGCAGGACUGAUCACUGUGGGCUGCAACAACAACAAUAACAACACAUAAAGGUGAAAAAGAAUAAAUGAAACUGGUCAGGAUUCCCAAGUUUAAAAUGAUCAUUCCACUGUGUUACUAAUUUCUAUACAGCUUUGUAAAAUUAUGUUUAGAAAAAGAUUUCAGCAGAAAAGGACAGCCUUCUACACCUUACCUGGAAAGCCCAGGUGACAGUCGCCUUUUGGCCUGCUCAGUAUGGCUUUCUUCCACUCUUCUUUUUUUCAGUCUUUGCAAUACCUGUAGCUGCCAGCCUCCAAGUGCCCCUCGUUACAGGUCAGCUCCUCACGAAAGGGGAGGAGCUACAUCCAGGGUCUGUUCCCAGCAUCACAGCUCCAAGUCCCGUCGACCAACGGCGGUGCCCACCUGGAGACCAAAGAGGACCCUGCCCACUUGUUUGUGUGCCAUGUGAGUGCUCAGUCCAACAGGAUGGCUGCUGGAUCGAUGGAAUGUGUGUCUGUGAUUGGAUUCAGUCUUAUCUAUCUUAAAAUGGUGGCUUCAGCAAAAACAGCUCCUGAAAUACCCUCUAUUGAUCAGGCCUAUUCAAAAAUCAGCAACAGUAUCACCGUGGAAUGGGCUACAGUGCCAGGUGCCACCAGUUACCUCCUUACGGCCGAAGACGGGAACACUGUCAUUGAAACCAUGGUGGCCGGUUCCCCAGGCACUGUGACAGGCCUGAAGGCUGCGACCUUGUACCAAAUCACGGUCAGAUCCGUCAGUGCUGCUGGGAGAAGCCAGCCAUCACCUCCGAAACAGGCAAAGACAGUACUGGCUGCACCAAUUCUAGAAGUCAGCUCUCCAAGUCCAGACUCUAUCCUUGUGCAGUGGGAGGCCGUGUACAUGGCGAUGGGGUUCUCUGUGUCCAUCAUGCGAGCUAAUGGUUUGGGAAGAGUCUGGAAAGAGAACACUACCAACACCUCCUUGACAUUCACUAGCUUAGACGCCGGGACGCUCUACACCAUAAAGGCCUACGCGUGGAACGCCAACGGGACCCCUGGGGACGACUCCACCUGCAAUCAGAGAACGAGUCCUCGUGCUCCUGCCAACAUUCAAGUCUCUUUUGAUAGUGGGGCUCUGAAGGCAUCUGUUUCAUGGGCACCGACAGAGGGAGCUUUCAACUAUACUGUGGUGGCUUUGAGUGACUCAUCUAAGCUGAGCUGUAGUACAACUUUCAGUUCUUGCACCAUCUCCUCCCUCCACUGUGGAACUGAGUACCUGAUUUCAGUUCUAGCAAGUAAUGAUGCUGGGUCUAGCAAAUCAACUUCAGCAGUGACACUGAAAACUGUUGCUUGUGCACCCGGACGAGUGACUAUCCAAGAAGAUCCCCCUGGCCACCUGUCUGUGGCUUGGUCCACCGUAGUUCUGGGUGAUUACUAUGUGGCCUUUGUGAAGAGUGAUGAUGGCUUGGAAGUACACUGCAACACCUCCCUCACCCAGUGCAAUUUCUUAUCUGAGUGUGGCUUCACUUAUUUUAUUAGUGUGUUUGCCUAUAACAAGGCAGGGCAGAGUCCUUUGGGCGAUGUGUUCAACUAUACCACAGCUCCCUGUUGUCCUAGUGACAUUAACCCGGUGCUGGUGUCCAGCGACAGAGUAGAGAUCGUCUGGUCUCCUGUCCGUGGGGCUGAACUCUACGAAACCAAGGCUGUCGAUGGGUUCAGCGUGGUUGAGUGCAAUGACACUGCUCCGGCUUGCACGCUUUCUGCUCUGGAAUGUGACACCAAGUACAACAUCACAGUGUACUCCUUCAGCGAGGUCCGGGGCAGCAAUACGUCGUGUGCUUCCCGAUUUAUAACCACAGCUCCUUGCAGUCCUGAAAUCACAAACAUUUCGAAGGAUGCCUUCUCCAUGAUUCAUGUGCGCUGGCGACCCACUAAUGACGACGCCACCUACACUGUGAUGGCCCAGGGAGAGAAAGGGCAGUACCAGUGCAGCAGCUCCAGGGAGUCCUGCACCCUCGGGGGCUUGCCCUGCGGCUCCGUGUUCUCCGUCACCGCUGUGGCUGAAACACGGGCUGGUCGGAGCCUGCCCAGCUACACUGUGCCACUAGAAACGGUGCCAUGCUGUCCAGCCAGUCUGACCGUCACUCAGGUCACCCAAUCAGUAAUCAACGUGAGCUGGACCAUUGGGACUGGGGCCCAAACCUAUGUGACGGUUUUGGAGUCACACACUGGACAGUCUAAGUGUCACACCCAUCAAAACCACUGCCUCCUGGGAUGCAUCACAUGUGGCAUCAAUUACACAGUGGCAUUAAAAGCAAUUAGUGCCACUGGGUUGACUGCGGACUGCGCCUACCAAAGUUAUUCCUCUGGUGCCUGCUGCCCUUUGGGGGUGAAAUUAUACAGGCUGGGUCCUAAUGGCAUCCGGAUCUACUGGCAGGCUGCCAGGGGCUCUGCCAAUUACAGCACUGACCUCUAUGGUUCCAAAGGCAUUUUCACGUGUACCCCAAGUGCUGGCCUCAGUUUCUGUGAUGUCACCGAGAUCCCCUGCGGGGAUGUCUAUACCGUGAUGGUCUCACCAGUUGCUGAGACAGGACUGAAGCUUACCUUCUGUCCCAAAAAAAUAUAUUCAGGUGGUAGUUCUCAAACUUUGGCGUGUAUCAGAAUCCCUUGGAGAGCUAAUAAAGGAUGUCGAGGUCGAGGCCUGUGGAAAUGGUACUUGCCAGGGAGCCCUCCAGCCGUUCAAGAGCUGAAAACGUCCACUCCCGGACAAGCUGAAAUCAAGCCACCGCACAGAGACAGUGCUCAACCAAGGCAAACCUCCACCAGGACUUCUGCCCAGCCUACCGCUAGGGGGCGCGCAACUGCUCAAGGAGCGUCCAUCCGCACUGCGCAGCCUCAGUCUAGGGGUGGGCGGGAAGCCCCUACAGAGCCCGUGACGUCACCGGAGGGCGCGGACGGUGGGCGUGGGCGGGGCCUCCCCCGCAGCUAG